AUGAAGCCUCCCGCCGCGCAGAGCAGCCCCGCGGCCGCCGCCGCCGCAGCCCCCGCCCUGGACUCGGCGGCCGCGGGGGACCUGACGGACGCGCUGUGCGAGUUUGACGCGGUGCUGGCGGACUUCGCGUCGCCCUUCCACGAGCGCCACUUCCACUACGAGGAGCACCUGGAGCGCAUGAAGCGGCGCAGCAGCGCGAGCGUGAGCGACAGCAGCGGCUUCAGCGACUCGGAGAGUGCAGAUUCGCUCUACAGGAACAGCUUCAGCUUCAGUGAUGAAAAACUGAAUUCUCCAACAGACUCUGCUCCGGCUCUGCUCUCCCCUGCUGUCACUCCUCGGAAAGCCAAACUAGGAGACACGAAAGAGCUAGAAGACUUUAUUGCUGAUCUUGACAGAACAUUAGCAAGUAUGUGAAACAAGGAGAAGUUCUGGGUCCUUUCAUCAUAAGGGAGAAGCUUCAGAAAGCUCCAAGGACCUGGUAAACAUCAGCUACAGAAGUUGCUACCAGAGCCGACAGAGAUGAGUGCUCACCUACCACCAGGCCAUUCUCAGGCUUGUGCAUAAAAACCAACCUUUGAGAUCAUCUCUGGGCAAUUUAGACAGUGAAACUGACUUUGUUUACCAGCUUGCCGCGUAUUAGAACAAAUGACCUAUGCUAAUAUUCUAUUUCUCUCAAAACCUAGCUAUCCCGUAAUUUAAAGUGCUUUUAUGAAAAAUAUUUGUAAUUAAUUAUAUAUGGUUGGAAACAGUAAAUAUGCUUUUCCCAGUAUAAUAUAUUUUUGUAUGCAAAUAAAAUUUGACCUAGAGUCUGUAUUCUGUAAACUUCUUUUUUUUUCUUUCUUUCUUUCAGUAUGUUCCCAUUUAAGUAAUAUUCUAGUGGGAAUAACACUCCUCUUGACAUCUAACAAGGGCUUUGGGUGCUGCCCAAGAGACAAUAGGACGGUGAACUGAGGUCGUUUUGAAGCUCCUUCAGGGCUCGAGAGGGAAAUGCUGGCCUGUGAUUCCUGGGACAUUUUAAUUUGAGGAUUGUGGGGUUUUUUUAAUUGAGGCAUCGUUGAUGUACAAUAUUAUAUGAGUCUCAGGUGUACAACACAGUGAUUUGACACUUCUGUACCUUUCCAGACGCUCACUACGAUAAAUGUACCUGUCACCCCACAAAGUAUUACAUUAUUGACUAUAUUCCCUAUGCUGUACUUUUCAUCCCUGUGACUGAGGAUUGUGGUUUGUUGGGUUCCUCCUCCAUCUUUAUUCUCCUCAUAUCUUACCACCUUUUUAGCUGCCAUGGCUCUUUCUUUCAAUUAAGGGAAACACUCGCACUCAAAAUUCAGGACCGAAAUAUGAGGGAACAUGGGGGCAGCUGGAGAACUUGAAAAUGAUGGUGCUAUCAUCAGAUGAAGGAAGAUCUGAUGGCGCCAGCCUUGAUGCUUACGUUCAGGUGGCUUCCUUGGAGCUGGAGGGUCCAGACGCAAGGUCUUCCACAGGGUGGGCUUUGCAUGUGGAAGCCAAUGACCACCUCCACUCCCAGCCACCUGCCUUUUGGGGACGAUGGAGAGAGCAUAAAAAGGGGAAAGUUCAUAAUUUUCUUACCUAUGCUUUUCUAUCUUUAAAACCUCUAAAAAUAGGGGUACCUGGGUGACCCGGUCAGUUGGGCAUCCAACUCUUGGUUUCGGCUGAGGUCAUGAUCUCAGGGUUGUGGAAUGGAGCCCUGUGUCGGGCUUCAGGCUCAGUGGAGAGUCUGCUUAAAGAUUCUCUCUUUCUCUCUCCCUCCAUCCCCUCCCUCCUGCUCACGUGUGUACCUGCUUGCACUCUUUCCCUCUAAAGAAGAAAAAAAAUAGUAAUAAUAAAACCCGAAAUAACCAGGCAUUACUUUGAUAAUUGGCAUCAAGUUAUUUAAAAACUCCCAUCCUUAUGUUUCUAUACGAUACAAAUCCAAAACAUAAGUACUCGGAAUUUUAUUUAUAUCUUCAAAAGCUAAUUACUAUAUUUGACCUGUGUUUUAGGGCAUCAGAAAACUACAUGGCCUUUACUUUUUUUUUUUUUAAGAUUUUAUUUGUUUGACAGCAUAAGCAGGGGGAGCAGCAGGCAGAGGGAGGUGAAGCAGACUCCCUGCUCAGCAGGGAGCCCCAUGCGGGGCUGAUCCCAGGACCCUGGGAUCGUGGCCUGAGCUGAAGAUAGAUGCUUAACCGACUGAACCACCCAGGCACCCCUACAUGGUCUCUUCUUUAACCUUUGUCUUUUCCUCAGUUUCUGGGACAUCUUUGGGUUGAGCCCAAAUAUUUUCUUUAUUUCUUUUGAGAUAUAAUUCACAUGCCUUAAUAUGCAUCCUUCUAAGUGUGCAGUUCAGUGGUUUUUAGCAUAUUAACAGAGUUGUGCAGCCAUCCCCAGUACCUGAUUCUCUGUCUCCGUGAAUUUCUCUAUUCUGGAUGUUUUCAAUAAAUAGAAUCAUAUUGUAUGUGA